GAGUUGAUCUGGUGCUGAAGCCAACGCUGGCAGCCGGCCGUCGAUCGGUGAGGAACACCUUUCGCGGGAGAGUGGUCGGGGGCUGGGAGGGACCUGCUGUUUGUGCCAGGCCAGAGGCUUCUGCGGGGCUGUGAGUGCCUCCCACGUGAAGGGCUUAAACCAAGCAGCAUCUAAAAAUGGAUAUCCAGAAGGACUUGCAGCCUCCAAAGCAACAACCUAUGGUCUAUAUUUGUGGAGAGUGUCAUACUGAAAAUGAAAUUAAAGCCAGAGAUCCUAUCCGAUGCCGUGAAUGUGGUUACAGAAUAAUGUACAAGAAGAGAACAAAGAGAUUGGUUGUUUUUGAUGCCCGAUGAACUUCAAAGUUUUUAAACUUGUUCCUCUGAAGCAUUUACUGUAUCACAAGAUUAUGUUAUCAAUUCUUGUUUCUUUCAAAAUCUUCUAAAUUUCAGGAGGGAAGCUGUUUGAUUUACUACAAUAGUAUUAAACAUUUAAAAUAUUCUUUGAAUGUUUCAAAUUGUGCAGCACUUUUAUUUGAUGAAAAUAAAUACUUUAGAA